AUGGUUUUACAAGAGUAUAUAUUAUUUUUAUUAGGUGAUCAAUAUUCAAAAUCAAAUAUCAAAAAAGAAAUUACCGAACAAUUACAUUUUUUAAAAGGUGAAUGUGGAAAAACUUAUUUAAAUGUUGAUGAGAAAUAUAACGAUUGGUUAAAUCCCAACUUUGAACAUACAUUUCAAGUUGACGAUAACACGAGCCAGGAUGACCAAGAAAAUAUAGAACAUAUAACUGACAUACCUGUCACUGACCAAUUAACGUUAGAGUUCGAAAAACAUGUCAACUAUAUCGGUAUUUCGAUGCCUCGCAAAUUAAUUUCGCAUAUAUUCAAAGAUCAUAACAAUAUGGAUAGUGAACACUAUCAAGAAGUGAUUGAUAUUAUUAUCAAUUAUUUGGAUGAAGAAAGCUUCAAAGAUGAUGUCGAUCAAGCGGUAUUAGAACGCUCUUUGAAAUGGGCUCUUCGUACAGCGUAUGCAACACAAAUUAAAGUUCUUUUUGCGCGACAAGAAAAUAUGUUGAAUAAAAUUAAUUUUACAAUUCCACGUAAAUCAGCAGCAAAUAUUCCACAAAUAGUAUCAGCAAGAAAAUCUCAAAUACUACAAAGAUCAGUUCAUUCAGCGACGGAUUUAUAUCGAAAUUUUGAUACUUUAACCCCAUUACCAUCUACUUCCCCGAUACGUACACAUUCGUUGAAUGAACUUGAUGAUCCAUCUUCAUUAUUAGCUCCUGAAAGUACACUACUUUCUCAUUCGUUGGCAAAUACUGUGUCAAUGAGAACUUUAUCGACCGAUGGUAAAUAUGAUAUAACAGAAGAAAUUGAUUUUCAACGUAAACAAAAGAAAAUCGAUAGAGAGCGCAUAUUAUUAAAAAACAGAUUUUAUUCCGAAUUUCUAUCAGCCAAACUAGAGUUUUCCAUUUCAAAUAAAGCUUAUCAAAAGCUGCAUUUACUAUGCAACCUGUACAAUACACGACUACCACCAUUGCGAACGAUAACAGAACUUUUGUAUAUUUAUGAAAAUAAAAUUCCAAUCAUAACUAAUGAAUAUGGUGCUUAUCUUCAUGUUCGUCAUGCCAUUAUCAUGUUAACAUACGGACACAAGGAUAUUCUUGAUUCAAUUAGAAAAUCAGGAAAACGAAUACUGAACUUUCGUUUGUGUGAAGAUGGUACUUGGAUCGGCAAGAAGUUAAAUGUGAUAGUAUCUAGUCUUGGAUGGGUCGACGCUGGACCAAAAGCUCAAUCCGCGACGAGUCUAGUGCCAUUGGCUAUGGUAAAGAUACCAAAAGAAGACCGAUUAAAUUUAGACAGAUACAUCACCCAAGAUUUUAUUCGGAUGUUCGAGCGUGAUCAAACAACGACAUUGGAUGGUUGUCAGUAUCAACUGAAAUUUAUCUAUAGCGCCGAUUACAAGAUGAUUAAUCAGUAUGAUUGUACUAUUAUUAGUUAUUCUAAACCUUCUGGUUAUGAAUUUCCUGCUACUGUUGCUACAAUUGUCAGCACAGCACAAGCUAGUACAAUUAUCACUGUAUCAGAUGAUGGCGAAGAAGAUCUGUCGGUAUCUGAUGUAAGACGCGGUAGAAAAAAUACAAACACAAUAAAAACUAAAUUACCCCCGAUCGAUCGUGAAACAAUGUUUAGCAGAUGGUCAGCAUAUGAUCCAGCGAAAGGAGCUCGAACAUUGGAUGAGCACUAUGAACAAGUUAACACAGCACAUCCAAAAUACGGUUAUGAGCAAAAACCUUUAUAUCGUAGAAAUUUCAAUUACGGCGAAAUUGUGGUAGAUAUAUUACAUAUGAAAUUGCGUAUAUGUGAUCAACUGUUAAAACAUUCGAUUAAAGUGGCCUGCGAUGUAACAACUCCAGGUGCAACACAAAACGAUGCAUUGCAACAAAUACAAAAUGGCAUCGGAUUUGCUUGUUGA